UGGGCAGGUGGCAGAACCGGCCCGACCUGCUCCUCUGGCCGAGCCCUGGAGCCCGGAGCCCGGCGGUGGCCAGCGGCGCCAUGGAGGCGGACGCGGACCCCGAGGAGCUGGCGCGGCUGCGCUCGGUCUUCGCCGCCUACGACACGAAGGGCUCCGGGCGCCUGGAGCGUGCCGAGUUCGGCGCGCUGUGCGCCGAGCUGCACGUGGCUGAGGCCGAAGCGGAGGCGGUGUUCCUGGGGCUCGACACCGACCGCGAUGGUGCCAUCACCUUCCCGGAGUUCGCGCGCGGCUUCCGCGGAGCGUUCGGCCGGGACAGUGCGGAGUCCCAGGGCGCCUGGGACGCGGCAGAACCAGAGAGCCCGGGUCCGGCGUGGCGGGACUUCCACGAGCGCCUAGGAGACGAGGCCCGACUCAUUCCCAGAAAAGAACAAGUUAGUACCCUGUACCAGAACAUCAAUCUUGUGGAGCCAAGAUUAAUCCAGCCGUAUGAACAUGUGAUAAGAAACUUUCUCCGUGAGAUCAAACUCCAGAGCACAGAAAUGGAAAACCUGGCCAUUGCAGUGAAGAGAGCUCAAGACAAGGCAGCCAUUCAACUGAGUGAGCUGGAAGAGGAAAUGGAUCAGAGGAUUCAUGCAGUAGAAAAUGAGACCCGGAAAGAUGAAAAACGCAAAGCAGAGGAAGCCCUCAGUGACCUCAGACGUCAGUAUGAAACAGAAGUGGGAGACCUACAGGUGACCAUUAAAAAGUUAAAAAAGCUUGAAGAACAGUCAAGACACAUAAGUCAAAAGCAAGAUGUGACAGCAUUAAAGAAACAAAUUUAUGAUUUAACAAUGGAAAAUCAAAAACUCAAGAAAGAUCUUUUGGAAGCCCAGACAAAUGUAGCCUUCCUUCAGAGUGAACUAGAUGCUUUGAAAAGUGAUUUUGCCGACCAGAGUCUGAAUUCUGAACGGGAUCUGGAAAUAAUCCGAGAGUACACAGAAGAUCGCAGUAGUCUUGAGAGGCAAAUUGAAAUCCUCCAAACAGCUAACCGGAAGCUGCAUGACAGUAAUGAUGGCCUCAGGAGUGCGCUGGAAAACACUUACAGCAAGCUCAACAGAUCCUUGCGUAUAAAUAACAUAUCACCAGGAAAUACAAUUUCUAGAAGCAGUCCUAAAUUUAAUCACCAUUCUUCUCAACCAUUGGCCUAUGACAGGUCAUUCCAUUCUUCAUAUGCAGAUGAGGAUUGUGACUCUUUGGCUCUCUGUGAUCCUCUGCAGAAGAUGAAUUAUGAAGUUGACAGCUUGCCUGAGAGUUGUUUUGACAGUGGCUUGUCUACUCUGAGAGACUCCAAUGAGUGUGACUCUGAGAUGGACUACAAGCAUCAGAGAGGAUUUCAGAGUUUACAUGGAACACAGGAGGGCCUUGGGGGAGAUGAAUCAGACACAGAUGUUCCUGAUAUAAGGGAUGAAGAAGCGUUUGAUUCUGAAAGUGUGGCCUCUGUCUUACACUGGAAGCCACGGGGGUCUGUUGGUGAAGGCAGCACUGGAAGUUCCUCCAGAAAACCCAUCUCAGCUCUUUCACUUCAAACAGACAUGGUAGAUAAUAACUCCAAACCCACAUCUCAGAAGGCUUACAAGAUUGUGCUUGCCGGAGAUGCUGCGGUGGGGAAGUCCAGCUUCCUCAUGAGACUCUGCAAGAAUGAAUUCCAAGGGAACACAAGUGCAACCCUAGGAGUUGAUUUCCAGAUGAAAACUCUGAUUGUAGAUGGUGAACGAACAGUUCUUCAGCUCUGGGAUACAGCUGGGCAAGAGAGAUUCAGAAGUAUUGCCAAAUCUUACUUCAGAAAAGCAGAUGGUGUCCUACUGCUGUAUGAUGUUACUUGUGAAAAAAGCUUUUUGAACGUACGAGAAUGGGUGGAUAUGGUUGAGGAUGGAGCCCACAGUCCUGUUCCUAUCAUGUUAGUAGGAAACAAGGCCGAUCUUCGUGAUACUGCUAGUGCAGAGAAACAAAUGUGUAUCUCAGCAUAUCUUGGAGAAAAACUGGCCAUGACCUAUGGGGCAUUGUUCUGUGAAACCAGUGCCAAAGAUGGCUCCAAUGUGGUUGAAGCUGUUCUCCAUCUUGCUCGGGAAGUGAAGAAAAGGACAGAGGAUGAUGACAGCAGAUCCAUUACCAGUCUAGCUGGGUCCACACCCAGAAAGUCACUACAGAUGAAGAACUGUUGCAAUGGCUAACCCCCGACUGUCUCCAGUUCAUAGAGUCCUUGUUUCCAGAAUACUGAUUGUGGGACACUGAUUCUCAAUGGAGUGGUGCGUCACACAACACCAGCCUAUGAAGGAUCACAGCCCGGCAAAUUAAGCUGUUCUUGCCUCUUCUCAGGAACCUCGGGCUUUCUUUGUUCUAUCUCAGUGAACUAUUUGGGAUGUCUGGCCCUUAUAGAUCACGAAGAGAAAAUGUGUUAAUGUUUUUAAUAUGAUAUGGAAAAAUAAAAUUACAUUCUCAGAACAAAACUAUUGAGAACCCACUUAUAAAAUUGCUUCAUAAGAAAACUGACUUUGUAGUUAACCUGUGACAGUGUUUACUUAAAUUUCAACACAAACACGUAAUACUUUGUUUUAUGGAAUUCAGUGUUUUAAUACAAAGAACAAUGGGAUGGGUAGUAUAUUAUGUAUUAUAUCUUUAAACCAUGGAUGGUAUAAGAUAGCGUGAGUAUUUUCAUUUGGCAAAUUGGCUUUGCUAUUCCCUAGCCUAAUAAUGUUGGGUAUGUUUUAAGAAGCAGGAAGAGCACAGUUGUUCACAGUUACUAAGAACCCUGUUAAGCAUACCUUUUGAUAUUGAGGUAUUGGUUUUUUAAAUUUCGGAAGUAAGGAUAGAAUUUAUUUGAGAAAUUAGAAAUAUUUUAGACUCCAAUGUAAAUAAAAAUCCUUCUUAUCAAUAAAUGAAGGUAUGUUUGAAAAAAAUGUGUAUAACAAGAAAAUACAAUUUCAAGACUACUUGUAAAGUCUGUGAUUUAAAUUGUAUGUGAAAAUUUUAGUGAAGUUAUGUAUAAUACAUACUACUGAAAGAACAAUGCCACAAAAAUAUAUUCCACUUAAUAGCUGCCAGAGGCUGAGGGUAGUUGGCACUAAUGACUAAUGUGCAUAUGCCUUCUUAGGAGUAUGGACACAGUCUUCUGAAAUUAGGCGGGCAGUAGUAGUGGCAUAAUUUUAAAUCUGGAAAGUUUGUUUUUGGAAAGGAUUAAUUUUAUGAAUGUGAAAUAUGUUUCAUAGAAAAUACAAUGGUACUUAAAGUAACAAUAUUUUACCAAAUGAAUAUAUUGUUGCUUUUUCACAUAGAGCAUUAUCUACAGCAUAGUGUCAGUUCCUCAGCCCCUAACUUUAAUCAUUAAUUUCCUUCUUCAUGAACAAUGGGAGAUUGUUAUUAGGCAUAACUUUGGAAAGUGCUGUAUUUAAAGGAGAAUUGGCUUUAAAAAGGUGAGACUGACCUUUAGAUAAUGUGACUUGUGACUACUCAUCACCCAGGACAUGAUUAGUCUUGCUUUUCUCCUGGAACUUGCAGUGCUUCCCACUCCUUCUGACCAAAAUGUCUUUAAGAGGCAAAGGCCUCACUAUCUGAGCCAGGAUGGGCCAGGAAAAGGGGUUUCCAGUAGCCUGAACCGGUUAGAUUAUUCUUAGCAAGAGACUUAAAUAUUUUGGUUCAUCCAGGUCUAUGUUUUGAAUAGCUUAUCCAGAACAUAAAUAAUACUGGUUACUUAUGUAAAUUGUAUUAUGUAUGUUCAAACAUUUCUUUCUUUCUUUCUUUUUUUGAAUUAAAACAAUUCCCGGGACUGACAACUUGUCUCAGGAAGUAAAAGUACUUGUUGCCCAAGCUUGCCAACGCCAAAUUCGUGCCUGAACUUGCAAUGGUAGGGGAAACUGAACUCCUGAAAGUGGUUCUCUGACCUUCACACAUGUGUGCUAUAAUGACCAAAUGAUACGUGUACACAUAUACACAGAGCAAUAAAUACUUCUUUUUAAAUAACAUUUCUUUUUAACAACCUUUUGUGCCUUUGAUUUUUGUUAUCAAACUUUAACUUUUUUGAGCUUCAUUUUUUUUUUCCUGACUGGGAAUUGACUAGGUACAGUUAUCCACAAAAGCCACAUACCUUAUCCCAAAUAAGAAAAUUCAAUCUCCAGCAACUACAAACGAAUGGCUAUUUUAUGUUUAGUGGUUUGCAGCUCCAGUUAAUAGGUUACAUUUCUGAUCAAGAAGAAUGCUUUGUGAGAAAUUGACACAGAUGGCAAGUGAGAGUAGUGAUUAUUUUUAUAACACGUGACACAGUUAAGUUUGCCAUUAGUGUGUACCUUACAGAGUGAGGAUCCUAGACAAGGGUGAAUCUUACAUAUUAUUAGAUGAUAUGUGUGUGGCACUAACUGAAUAGACUCUGUUAGCAUGUAUGUUACCAUGUUCUCUUUAUUUCCCUCAUAUAUAUAUUUUGUGUCUUCUACACUCUUUAAAAAACACAAAAAGGUGUAUUAUUAAUAUAGUAGUUCUGUCUGGGGUUUUGCCUCUAGUUGUAGGGCCAGAACAGCUGUGUUAACCGGAAUGUUGUCUAGGUAAUUUGAACAACAAGUCAACAUCUUCAGUUAUCUGAAUAUAAAAUAUUCAAAUUAGAGGUUUCCAUCUCUGCUUAACAAACUUGUUUAAGGAAAAGCAAUUCAAAACUAUUUUUUAGCUGACUUGCUAGGAAACUAUAUUUUGAUUUCUCAAAAGUGUUCCCAAAUUUAAAGUAUAUUUUAAGUAAGGACAAAAUAUUUUCAGUUUAAGCUUACUUUGAAAUAUUCACACAUUUCUCUCAAGUAACUUAUAUUGCAUUCCUUUUUCCUUAGACAACUUUUAAAAUCACAGUGAUGAUAUAUAUACCUUUUAAGUGCACUUUAACAUAUUAGAUAAUAUUUUAAUUUCAUUAUGGAAAAUAAUGUUGGUAAAGUAGGCAUUUUUUCACUGUUAUCUUCGAGGUCUGUUCAUUCUCAUAAUUUAUUUUUCUACUUGCUGCUUUAUAUGGUAUUUUACAACAUUUGAUUUUUAAUACUAUGUGUAAUUUGAAUAAAUACAGACUGUCCUCCCUCCUCUAAAGAUAAAGUUGAGGUUAAGGGUAAAGAAUUAUUUUCAUAUUUAUAUAGUGAUUAGUCUCAGAAUAUUGUUUUUUAGGCUUUUGUAUAUAUGUAUAAGAAAUUAUGUAUGUGGCAGGUAAGCAACUGAGAACUGAAUGACUGUUUUAUGGUUUUGAUGUUUAUGGUUUACAUUUUUCAUAGUUUGAGCUGUGUUUCAUUUAUGCUGUUUGUAUCUUUUCAGACCAUCAAUAAUGAUACUGCAAAGUAUAAUUGCAUAGCCAUGCAAAUAUCUAAGGAGCUACAAAAUUUGUGCCUUGUACAUCCAAU